GCUCGAAGUGGAGUAGGUUGUAGAUCCUAAAUGGCGUUGUAUUAUUACGGUGUUGUCGUCAUGCCGAUAUCGCUAACAUGUGUUAUCCUUACAAUCGCCGCUUAUCUUUAUGUUAAGGAGCUCCGAAAUACACUCGGCAAGUGCCUUAUAAGCUGCCUUUUUAACAUCUUCUUGUGGCAGAGCUUAGGUUUAGUCCAAAUGUGGUUCUCAGUACCCGGUUCCGUUAAAGAAGUUUCCUUUAUCUUCUUUUUUGCGCACAAUUUGUGGCUCUCAGUUAUAAGCUAUCAUUUAUGGAGGACUUUCAAGUCGGUCAAUGGCGAAGAACCCCGUUUUCUGUUCCUGACCUACAAUGUCUACGUGUGGUUUCCUACUACGAUCCUACCUGGAGCCGCUGCGUUGAUAUACAUUCUUGAUCAACCAACGAAUACAGUGAAUAUGUUUUUGCUAUUUGCCUUCCUGACAUUAUUAAUAUCCAAUUUCUUUAAUUUGACUAUGAUCAUCUUAACGAUCACCCACAUUCUGAAAUUAAAGAGACAAACUAUGAAGUUUGGGCAAAGGGAAGGGGAGAUUACGACCUCCAUAAAUUUGGACAGUGAGACACAUAGUUAUCUUUACUGGCUUCGGAUCCUUUUUGUAGUUGUACUGCCUUGGUCUCCUUGGAUUGGUUACUUUCAAAAUGAUAUGAAAUUAAAGCACCUGGUAUUUGAUGUUAACGACUUUAUAUGUUGGGGCUAUGGUUUUUGGCAUUUUAUACUGCUUAUCCUAAACCGCUCCACCCUAAGGCUACUCAUGGACAGAUUUUUAGAAAGUCCAAAACAGCAGUGUGUCCGCGCUCAGAGGGUAAAAAACCCGGCUUAAUGAAGGUUUACUUAAUAUUGCACAAUUGUUUUUCAUAUUUUGUCAAAAAAAAAUAAAGAAACACU